AUGACUCAAGUUUAUCAAGCCGCCUGUGAUGGUUCUUCUAAUCUGACUGAUCUUUUAAAGCGGCUGAAACAUGAACAAAGAAACACCGCUUUGGAAACGAAAAUUAAAGAUGGCAGCCAUUUUGUCACUCCUCUCAUCAUCGCUGCUCACAAUGGACACCUGAAUUCUGUGAAGAUUCUUCUAAGUUAUGGAGCAGACAUCGAGGCUCGAGGAACGCUGAAGAUAGCAGACGAAGUUACAGAGGGUUGUACAACUUUGUGGGCCGCUGCUUCAGCUGGUCGUCUUGAUGUUGUGAAACUGUUAAUCGAACGAAAUGCAGACGUUGAAGGGAGAACAUCGACGGGUUCGACUCCAUUGAGGGCUGCUACGUACAGAGGCCACCUUGACAUUGUGAGAUGUUUGGUUGAGAGCGGAGCAGAUGUGAAUGCUCGCUCAAAAAGUGACAACAGUACCAUUCUAAUGGUGGCGUGCUUCUGGGGCCACUUGAGUGUUGUUACUUAUCUUAUUAACAAAGGUGCCUUUAUGGAUCUUCAAGGCAAAGAUGAUCGCACUGCACUUCACGACGCUGUUGAAAGGGGCCACUUAAAGAUAGUCAGUGAGCUUUUGGCUCGUGGAGCAUCACAACUGCCAAAUGAUCUAGGUUUAACACCACUUCUUUAUGCCUGUGAUGAAUGUCUCGUUGAAAUGGUGGAGCAUAUUAUCGGCAGACCGGAAUGUACAAAGGAACAGAGAAUUGAUGCUCUUGAACUUCUUGGUGCCACCAUUGCUAACGAUAGUUUUGGUGACUCUGAGAAAGCGUUUAGUUAUAUGAAACGUGGGAUGGAGGAGAGGUAUGAAGACCCGGAACACCCAUUGCUUAAAAAGGAGAUGGAACCUGUGGAAGCUUACCAAAAUAGAAAAGAGAGUCAAACUCCUGAGGAGCUUGCUCUUUUAGAAGGCGAUGAUCAUGUUAUCGGCAUGGAAGGUCUUAUAAUCAGAGAGAGAAUCCUUGGUUCUGACAACCUAGCAACUCUGCGAAAAAUCCAUUACCGGGAAUGUGUUUUAGCUGACUCUGAGGAGUACGAGCUUUGUUGUGGUUUGUGGCAACGUGCGUUGGAGAAAAAAAUGAAGAGCGAUGUUGCAAUAACACUAGAAGAUCUUGAUGUCCUUACAGAUUUUACAGCUUUCUUUGGAAUAAUGGUACAAAAAGGUAUACAUUUAAGUCCAAAUUUGAUUGAACACGUUUUUGAAGCACUGGUUGCUGCAAGUGAGAACUCGCGAGAGGAACAUGAAAACGAGGAGCAAGAAAAAAUGCUUUACUGUGCUCUCUAUCUUUUGAUGAUAUACAUCAAAGUUAAGGGUCAAAACGCCAAGAUAACUGACUUUCUACAAAGAUUUUUGCGCUUAAACCCUCGAACCAAUGAUGGAAAUACUUUACUGCACUUAGUUGCAUGGCAUGAAACCCAAAUUUUUUCGUAUUAUGAUGAAGAUUUAGAAGACAUGAUGCAAAGUGUGUGCAAGCUUCCCUGUGUUGAGACCAUGAAGCUUAUUUUACAUGCAGGAUGUGAUGUAAAUGCCAUUAACACCGAGGGAAACACACCCCUCCUUCUAGCUGUGACAUUCAAGCCUGCUGACCCCAUAGAAGUCGUGAUUUUGUCAGAAAUGCUGCUGUUGUUGUUAGAAAUGGGUGCAGACCCACAGCUGCCAAACAUGAAUGGGCAAACACCACUGCAAAGCUGUGAGACUGACGAGGCUCGUAGAAUACUGUCAGAGAAAAGAGGACUGAGUGCCAUGAACGUCGACGUCGGAGAUGUAAGAGAGGUUUAAAUGUUAACAUAUUAUAAUUUUGUAAAAUUAUUUCUGUCAUCUCUGUCACGAAAUGACAGGAAUACUUACUUCCGUGUCUAAUGUUGUGUUCAUUAUAAAUACGUCACACUUGUCUGCCCCUCUAUCUGCAUGAUCUGGACGCCUGGAGCAGGCUUAAUUUCCAAAAUCGUCUUUUCGAAUGGAACGAUCCAUCACAAUGCCGUGAUAGCCACAAAAAGCAUAUUUGGUAGUAGCAUGUACAGAAGCCACCUAGAUUAAGCUAUAUAAUAUAGCAAGCGGGCGCGCGUGAAUGUUCUAUAGGGACCCAAUUGUUACUCCGGACAAUUUACUGACUAAGAACUGUUACGAACCAUUCGAUUGACGUUAGCGAAAAAGAAUUCACACUGAAUUCAAAUUUUUCCAAAUAUAAGAAGUUCAAGGAACAAAUUAAACUGAGGCACUAACACAUUUUUGUAAAUCUCUUUUGCAGGCGGGAGAAAGGGCGUUUUCCCAAUUUCCUGUUUCAUUUCCCCUCGCAAUGUCUCCGCUAUUUUUUGCCCCCCUAGCUUCAAACCGGGAGCCUGUUUACCAGGCUACAUAAGUGCCAUAUUCCUGAGGGAUUUAUGACAGAUCGUGGUUUAGAGGUGGCUAAAUGAAUCGUUUAAAUAGUUUAGGAUAUAGUAGGUUUACUUGUACUAAAUUACUUUGGUAAUUCUCUUUUCCCAAAGGCUGGAAAAAUAGGAAGUGGAACUGAUAAGAGGAGAGAAGAAGGAGGAUUUCUUACUAAAACAAAACAACAUCUUAACGAAAACACUCAGAAGGAGACUGAAACAAAGGAAAUAUCAGGUAUAUAAGAGAAUCAAGGGCCAUUGUGGCUCUUGAAGAGAGUCUAAUUAAGGGAUUAAUAGACCUUUUUGUCGAUACGGCGGCCAUAUUGAACUAAUUCGAUUUAAGGAGUAUUAUGGGAUGUCCAGGGGACAUGAGCACGAUCAGUUGAAAUAUGGUCUUUCACUGUAUAUUUUUCUGGAAAAAGGCAAUCAAACACGGAAACCUCGUUCCCAGAGUUCUCUCCUACCCGCCCUACCCGUAGGGUUCAGGGCGGAAAAACGUAAUGAGCAUGCGUGAACUUUUUUGCCCAGACCCCCUGGCCGGGUUUGAAAAAAUGGCGGGAUUUCAAAUAUUUUAUUGCCUAAAAAUAAAAUGUUUGCACUCAUAACCUAGAAAGAACAGGCAAUUUGUCUUCAAAAGAUGCAAGCUGUGGUUAUAACCUUGUCGUUGCUUAAUUUUCUCGAAGAAUACCUCAUAGUAAAAUGGACUUUAACGACAUUAAUUUCCUUGCGUUGUACUGGAAAUGUGCAUGCGUACGUCCGAUUUUUUUCAAGAUGCAUUCACAAAAUGUGUUCAUAUAAGGAAGUUCCUGGAUAUAUAAGGUCCGGAGAUCCACAGUGGACACAAAAACAACAUAUCUUUGGACAGUGAUUUGCCCAAAAAAAUUAACGCUUGCCCACAAUGUGUUUGAAGUCACUGAACUUUGUCGCACUCGAGCUGAUAUUUUAAAACCCCCGCUCGAUGGGACACUCGUAGUUUCGCAGAUCACUAAAAUAUAAACAAAAUCCUCAAUGUAGAGGUUAUUGCGUUGAGAUGUGGGCAGAAAAAAGGUCAAUCUUUAUGUAGUAAAAUCUUCCCAAAAAUCGGUUUCAAAGCAACUAUAGUUUUCUAAACUUACUCGUUUCGCGCAGAUAUAUAAAUUUUGCUUUGUGUUGUCAAGUUGAACAAGCAUAACAUCUGUCAAAAACCUACGCGUAAGUAGGAUUUCCUUCAAACAAAGUUAAAGUUACAUUAUUUCAAAAACUUCUUGCUGACAAUGAAGAAAUGAAUUUUCUGUACGAAAACAACCUACCUAAAGAUCUUAAAAGCAAAAGAUCAGUUGCAACUUGCCAGCCUUGCCAUGAUUCACCAUUUAGCUAUUUUCAAUAAGCUUAACUGGUCCAUGCCAGGGUCUUCGUUUAAGCAAAUUAAAUUCAGCCGAUCAUUAGAAAAUACAGAAAAUUACACAUAAGGGCUUGUUUUGCUCACCUCAGUCGAAUCCAGCUGCAGCAAUUGUUUACGGGAAAAGAGUCAAUUGUUUCGAAGUCACUGCCGGCAGUUGUCCUUCUCUACUUCACAGCGAGUGUAAAGGACAAUUUGCGUUCAGAAAGUUAUUCUUCAGAAAGAACAGAAAACUUUCAUAGUGCACGGGAAAACAAAACUGUGUAAUGAAAAAUGAAAAAACUCUGACUAUUAUUACUUGAGCAACAGAAAAAUGAUCUUGAGUAAGCUUGCUGGCGUUCUAUUUCCGAGAAAGUUUAAUAAGCGCACAAGUUUGUUCACUCUGACGCGUUAUAACAGCAAUAUCGUUCUUUGACUGAAGACAAAGAUAAAGCUGGUUCUGCGAAGGUAAUAAAUCUGGAAGUGUAAAAAAAGUAACCGUAACUACUAAUAACAGAAUAAAGCGGGAUUUUAAUUCAACUCGGCGAAAUCAACUCAUAAAUUAAUCGGAUGGACAAUCAGAAAAAAUACGCGCCCCUUUGGAAAUGUUCAAAACCUUUUACCGUAUUCCACCUCAGACGGACAGAAUGAUCCGUUUUUCCUUUAACAUUGGUUGUUCUGAAUCCAAAGUAAUUUUCAAGCGACGAAAAAAGAGCAAAGAUGUCAAAUAAAAACUUAAUGCUUUACAGAGAGCAAACGUUCGCACCUCGUGCAUUUCACUCAGAACUCCAGCAACAAACAAACACAGUGAACACACAGAAAAGCCCGCCUUGAGCCUGCGAUAAGGGAUGCGCAGAAGCUUGCGCAGAACGUUUUUCCGCCCUGAACCCGUAGGGUGGUUAGGAGAGAACCCAGGGAACGAGGUUGCCAAACACGGCACAACGAUCUUUUUUCCCAUUACAAUCUUAUUCUAACAAAACUUAAAGAAAAACGGAUUGUGCUCAUGCCCCCUAGGCACCCCACAAUACUCCUUAAAUCUAACUUAUUCAAUAUUGCCGUCGUAUCGGUAAAAGGUUUACUGUAACAGUUUAAGAAGAAUAAUCGUCUCCUGGAUAAUCAUUGAGCUCCAUUGAUGAGCCGUUAGGUGCCAGUUCAGGUGUGGUGUAAAUACAGAGCAUAUUUCAAACAAAGGGACUGGGGCCAAUGGCCCGAUAUGGCGGCUCCUUCAUCGUUCAAAGCGGUAGAAGAUAUUUGGUCUGUUCUCACGGAUGGACAUAAUGUAUGGUCAACAAAAAAAUAAACAAAAACAAAACCCAAUAAAAAAAAAUGAAUUUGUGUUUGUAAUAAAUGAAAAAUAAGGUAAACCCAUGACAUUAAGGCCAAGAGAAAUACAAGAGAGGGGAAUGAGUACCUAAUAUUAAGCACCACACUAGGUACAUUAUUAUCUAGAGAUCGUAACUCUUUCCCCUUGGAAUGACGCAAUUGUAGAAGAUGGAUCCUAACCUCUCGGAGUUGGUAUUAGAGUGAGCGUGAGAUAGGUAGGGUGAUUGUCUCUUUUUGUUCUGUGGGACAAUAAACUUAAAACGGCCUCCUUUUAUCCUUCUUAAAGGACAAUUAAGGGAGUUGACACAGCAGUUGGAAAGCGUCCAAGAGCACGUAAGACAGAAAGACGGACAACUUAGAAAAGUGACACAGCAGUUGGCAAAUGUUCAAGGGCAACUACAGGAGAGAGAUGGAGAAUUAAGACAGAUGACACAGCAGUUGACAAAUGUUCAAGGGCAACUACAGGAGAGAGAUGGAGACUUAAGGCAGAUGACACAGCAGUUGACAAAUAUUCAAGGGCAACUACAGGAGAGAGAUGGAGAAUUGAGGCAGAUGACCCAGCAGUUCACAAAUGUUCAAGGGCAACUUCAGGAGAGAGAUGGAGAAUUAAGGCAGAUGACACAACAGUUGACAAAUGUUCAAGGGCAACUUCAAGUGAGAGAUGGAGAAUUAAGGCAGAUGACACAGCAGUUGACAAAUGUUCAAGGGCAACUUCAGGAGAGAGAUGGACAAUUGAGGCAGAUGACACAACAGUUUACAAAUGUUCAAGGGCAACUGGGAGAGUUGACGCAACAGUUGACAAAUGCUCAAAUACAGCUACAAGAAAAAGAUGAAGAAAAUACCACCAUGGAGGAACAACUGAGGGAAAAAGAACAAGAAGUGAAUGAACUGGAAAUGUCUCUUUCGACAGCUCAACAAGCGUUAAGUGAACGUCCGCGCCAACAGUCACCUGACUGGGUCAUUUCACGUGAUCAAAUUCAGCUGACAGAGCAAUGCAUUGGUAAGGGAGGCUGGGGAAGUGUUGUCGAAGCCAAGUAUUGUGGCUGCACUGUUGCCGUGAAACAGAUUUACGAGGUGCUUCUGAACCUGUCCUCUCAUAAUAGAGAAAUGUUUGAGCGGGAAAUGAGCANCUUCUGAACCUGUCCUCUCAUAAUAGAGAAAUGUUUGAGCGGGAAAUGAGCAUUGCUUCAAAAUGCCGCCAUCCUUGUUUGCUGCAAUUCAUCGGAGCAACAAACGAUGAAGGAAGUCCUUUGUUCGUGACUGAGCUCAUGGAAACGAGUUUGCGGAAAUUGCUGGAGCAUCGAUCUCUCUCUAUAGCUGAAGUGAUCGUUAUUUCUCUGGAUGUGGCUCGUGCAUUGAAUUACCUGCACCAAAAGAAACCACGCCCCAUCCUCCACCGCGAUAUCAGCAGCGUAAAUGUUUUGCUAUGGCGACAAGCGGACCAAUGGCGAGGCAAAGUGUCGGAUUAUGGUGCUGCUAAUUUCAUGCAACAUACCCUGUCAGUUUGUCCAGGUGCUGCAGUAUACAGUGCUCCUGAAGCACUUACUAAAAACAGACUGUGA